CCUGCGAAAUGCAUUGACAACGACCAUGGAAUACGAGACGUGCUAUGUUUUUGAACCGGAGCAACAGCGUCCUGCAAAACGACGCAAAAUUGAUUUCCAAGGACUGCAAGCAUCGUGGCCGAUCCGCCAGGUUGCAUAUGAGAAAGCGUGGACGGCGCAGCUGAGGGGUAUCGAUAAAAAACUUGCAGCGAUCAAUGCAAAGCCGAUCGCCGAAAUCAGUGCUUUCCUUGAUGACGUCCUGCACUCUGCUCAGCAAGGACGAGUCCCCACUGCCAUCAUCUCUACCGGACCAGAUGCUGCGUCUCAGAGCUCGAUUUUCAACGCUUUGUCGUCCCUCGAGGGCUCCAAGAGCAAACGGACUCUCGUUCAGCUUUCGGCGAGUACGGGGACCAACCUCAAAGCCUUACUCAAAUCCAUCAUUCAAAAGGCAACGACACGCGCAGAGGACCAUGACGAGGAUGAUGAAGGCCACAUGACCACCAAAGGAGGCUCGACACUACUGAACUACGAUCUCGAGAUCCUCGCAGACUAUGUGCAUGACCAUGGGCUUCGGCAAGUCGUGCUGGCUUUCCAGGAUACGGAAGCUUUUGACAGCACGCUCCUCUCCGAGCUGAUUGAAGUGUUGAGUUUCUGGCACGACCGGAUUCCAUUCGUCUUCCUCUUCAGGAUCGCUACGUCUCUGGAAUCGCUCCAAUCGAGGCUGUCCAAAGAUGCUGUGAAGUGCAUGCAGGGCCGUUUGUUCGACGUGGCGACCUCCGCGGAAGCUGUCGAGCACAUCUUAGAAGCGAUUACCGACAGCGAGACGCUGCUGUGGAUUGGGCCGGGUUUGCUGAGCACGAUUGUGGAGCGCCAGAACGACUACAUCCAUAACACGGAUACACUUGUUGAUGCGCUGCAAUAUGCGCUCAUGUCGAAUUACUACGCUAAUGCGCUGAGCAUCUUUCUCGACCCUUACGUCCAGUACAAAGACGUUCCCUCGGACCACUUUGAAGCCGUGCGCCACCUGGACUCUUUCCGCACUUUCUGCGAGCAGCUCUUGGAGAAGAAGCAGGCUCUUCGACUCAAAGACUUGCUUGAAGAGGAUGAGAUUCUGUUCGGCACAGUACGCUCAAUGGUCGAGCAGGGCCGGAAGGCUCUGGCUGAUCUGGUCGUUGCUGUUGACGUCGUGCGAGAGCUCCAAAAGCACCUGCCUCAGCAACAAAGGGCACCCAAGUCGAAACUCUACAUCCAAGCUCUAUCCCACAAGUUGCAAGACUCAAGCCAAGUUCGCUCGAUGCUGCUGUCGGUAAGGAAGGCUCCAUCGAGUACGGUCAUGCAUAUCAUGGAUGCAAUACUGGCUCUGAAGAUACCUGGUGACAUCCACGACCGAUGUGCAGAAGUACAGAAGAGCUUGACCGAGCUGCUCGGUUCUUCCGACACCAAGCAACCGCUGAGAAGCGAGGAUGACGUGAAGAACUCGACACUGCGCACCACCGUCGUGGCGCAAAAGGUCGAGCUAAGCAGACAGAAAUCCUCGCUGUCCAAGCAAGACGAAGCAUACACCGCAAUCCUUCGCCGCUUCACAGACCUACUUGAAGCCUAUUUCCGCGACACGCUGAUUGCACCGACGGACCUGGUCUUCCACGAAAUCUUUCUCUACGAUCUCAAAUCUCCACAUCGCGAGGCCUUCACCCCGCGGCCACGACAUGCUGUUGAGCGCGCAUUGGCCGCUCCGCACGACUAUUUGGACUGCGAUUGCUGCAAGCCGGAAGUCGGAGAAGGGGACGAAUCCACUCUUGCAGCCUGUCAGCCGGCAACGGCGGUAUUGUAUCAGCUCUACCUGGAGUCAGGGAGCUUAAUCAAUGCGAGUGAUCUUUGGCAAGCCUUCCGCGCUGUGCUGGGAGAGGAGCAGGAUGAGGGGCAGAAGCAAGCGCUGUUCCAACGCUCGUUGGCAGAACUUGAUUACCUCGGGAUGGUGAAGAGUACGAGGAAGAGGGUGGAUCAUGUUGCCAAGGUAGCUUGGAAAGGGCUAUGAGCGCGGGUGUGCUUGCAAUAAGCCUCACUAUAGAUUUCUCGAUUGGGACUCAAUGACAAGCAGCGCUCUUGGUUGCGCUCGCACCAC